AUGGGGAUACUACUAGCAUGGUUUGCUUCAUUAGGAGCCCUCUUCACAUUGAUGACUGGAAUCAUUUUUUAUUUCCACAGAGAGACACCUAUUGUUAGAGCCAAUAACUCAGAGCUGAGUUUCCUGCUGCUCUUCUCACUGACUCUGUGUUUCCUUUGUUCUCUUACUUUCAUUGGUCGGCCCUCUGAGUGGUCCUGUAUGUUGCGUCACACAGCGUUUGGGAUCACCUUUGUUCUCUGCAUCUCCUGUGUUCUGGGGAAAACAAUAGUGGUGUUAAUGGCCUUCAGAGCCACUCUUCCAGGCAGUAAUGAUGAAGUGGUUUGGGCCUCUGCAACAGAGACUCAGUGUUGUCGGUUUCAACUCAUUCAAGUGCUGAUCUGUGCCCUUUGGUUAACUAUAUCCCCUCCAUUUCCUUACAGAAACAUGAACCUUUAUCAGGAAAAGAUUAUUCUUGAGUGUGAGCUUGGGUCAGCUGUAGGUUUCUGGGCGGUUUUGGGUUACAUAGGAAUCCUUGCUGUGAUGUGUUUCAUACUGGCCUUCCUAGCUCGCAAACUUCCUGAUAACUUUAACGAGGCCAAAUGUAUCACUUUCAGUAUGUUGAUAUUCUGUGCCGUCUGGAUCAGUUUCAUACCAGCUUACGUCAGCUCUCCUGGAAAACUUACAGUAGCAGUGGAGAUAUUUGCUAUUUUAGCUUCAAGUUCUGGUUUAUUAUUUUGUAUUUUCCUACCAAAGUGCUAUAUUAUUUUACUAAAACCAGACUUGAACACUAAAAAACAUGUAAUUGGAAAAACAUCCAGUGAUAUUCGAUAUUAA